AUGGCACCACAGCUAGAGCCUUAUUUCAAGAAGGUGGAUGAGCUUGCCGAUUCCUUCAUCGAUCGACUGCGAAAAGCCGUGGCAAUCCCUUCCGUGUCGGCAGACGAGGAGAGAAGAAAGGAUGUCGUCCGAAUGGGUCAAUUCCUGGCCUCCGAACUGGAAUCCCUAGGUGCAGAGGUUCAACAACGCCCGCUCGGAAAACAACCCGGCAAGGAACAUCUCGACCUUCCUCCAGUCAUCAUUGCCCGCUAUGGGAAUGACAAGAACAAGCGGACCAUCUUGGUCUACGGACACUAUGAUGUACAACCCGCCCUUAUCGAAGACGGAUGGGCUACAAAGCCCUUCGAGUUGACCAUCGACGACAAGGGACGCAUGUACGGGCGGGGCAGCACUGACGACAAGGGACCCGUGUUGGGCUGGUUGAACGCUAUCGAAGCCCACCAGAAGGCCGGCGUCGACUUCCCCGUCAAUCUGCUGUGCUGUUUCGAGGGAAUGGAAGAGUACGGCUCAGAAGGUCUGGACGACUUCAUCAACGCCGAAGCCAAGAAGUUCUUCAAAGAUGCCGACGCCGUCUGUAUCUCUGACAACUACUGGCUCGGAACGGAGAAGCCCUGUCUCACCUACGGUUUGCGCGGAUGCAACUACUAUUCCAUCUCCAUCUCCGGUCCAGGACAGGACCUCCACUCAGGAGUGUUCGGAGGCACUGCUCAGGAGCCAAUGACUGAUUUGACGCUCAUUCUCAGCAAACUCGUCGAUAACCGCGGAAAGAUCCUCAUUCCUGGCAUCAACGAAAUGGUCGCCCCACUCACCGAGGAAGAGAAAGCUCUCUACGGACCUAUCGCCUACACCAUGGACAACCUAUACGAAUCUCUAGGUUCCGAAACGGCCAUCUUCUCCGAUAAGGAAAACACCCUGAUGGCCCGCUGGCGAUACCCUUCACUCUCCAUCCACGGCGUCGAAGGUGCCUUCUCGGCUCCUGGAGCGAAGACGGUGAUCCCGGCAAAGGUCAUUGGCAAGUUCUCCAUCCGCACCGUGCCAGACAUGGAGUCCUCCAAGGUCAACGAACUCGUCUUCAAGUACAUCCGCGACGAAUUCGCCAAACUCAACUCGAAAAACACUCUGGAUGUGUACUGCCAACACGACGGGAAAUGGUGGGUCGCCUCUCCCAAGCACUGGAACUUCACCGCCGCCGCCAAAGCCGUCAAAGAAGUCUUUGGCGUGGAGCCCGACAUGACGAGGGAAGGAGGGUCGAUUCCCGUGACCAUCACGUUCGAGCAGGCCACGGGGAAGAACGUCCUGUUGUUGCCGAUGGGCAGUUCCACGGACGCGGCGCACAGUAUCAACGAGAAGCUAGAUCGGAGGAACUACAUCGAGGGGACGAAGCUUCUUGGGGCAUAUCUGCACUAUGUGGCGGAGGAGCCCAUGGUAGAGGCCAAGUAA